AUCACAUUGGCCAACCUCCGAAAAGACUAUCUCAAAACACCAUCUUGACUUCAAGCUUCGUUCGGAUCAACCCGUACACAACUUACUGUCGACUCUUUGACCUUGAUACCCGCACCGACAUCUCCCUUUCACCAACACCUUUACUUUCAUCCAAAAUGUGCUUCGGAGUCACCUGCUCGACUUGCUCAAAGGCAACCUGGCGCGGCUGCGGCCAACACAUCCCGUCGGCGCUGAGCAGCGUCCCCGAGGACCAGUGGUGCACCUGCACGCCCAAGGUCACCGUCAACGGCAAGGAGUAUCCCCCGGCAGGCACUGUGUCGAUUCCCGGUAUGUCUUGGUUGACCGGCUUGUUCGGGGGCAAUUCGAAUGACAAGUCGAAGCAGGGCACUAAGGGAGAACUGUGAGAGAUAGGGUGGUAACCUGCACUUUUUUGAGUCUUGAUCGAGGGUUAGUUGGUGGGCGGGUUUGAACCGGGUGUAUUAGUACGAGGUGAUAAUUGGCGAGGCGUUGAGGGUGGUGCAUCUCACGAGAUGAUGUUGAGCGGCGGCGGUGAUGGCGUAGAAAAACAUGAGUUGAAAUCAAAUAUCUGAUACCGUAUCAAGUCCCUCCUUCACGAGAAUAUGAAGUCUUUCCCGACGCAUCCUUAUCGAGCCUUUCAUCACCGUCUGUCG